AUGCAGCUCCGCAAAAUCCCCUACUCGCUCGUCACAGCCGACUCCGCCGCCAUAGCUGCCAUCCAAGAUUCCUCCAACCCAUCUUCCCGCUCCCAACGCUUCAGUACCGCGCACCACCACCUCGAAGAGAUCACGCCUGUUGUCCCCUCAAAUGCACACUUCACUCACUCAACACCACCCUGGACACCAUACGGCUACACACUCUGGCAUCCGCUCAUCGCCGCAUCCCAGAAUCUAACCGAGUACCAUGAAAUCCUCCUCCCCAGUUUUCUCUACGAAGACCUACUGCGCUGUCACAGCGCAUGGGUAGCAACAAACCGCAUCCACACAUCCCUUCUCAGCGAAGUCGUCGAAACACUGCAGUGUACGAAGUCUGGGAAGAAACUAGCAUCCCUACUUGAUGGUAAGAGGAAAUGGUUUAUCCGCCUUGAUCAAAUGUCUCCAAAAGAUUCCCCCAUGGGUGGCAAAUUACCUAGCUCAACGGUCGAAGAGGUCAUCACAAGGAUUUGUAGCAGUAUGCGCGCAUAUGGAUGUCUGACGCGGGAGUUUGAGGAUGCGAAGAAAGACGAUAGGGAGAUGCAGAUUAAGCUUGUACUGAAUCCUUGGGAUGAAGCUAUGGAUCCUGGCAAGGAGUUUCGCGUCUUUGUGCCGCCACCUGCUGCUAAGACUGGGCGGGAAGCAAAUGCGACGGAAUUUGCGAUCAGCGCCAUUAGUCAGUAUAGGUGGCCGAUGGUAUUCGAAGCGCCAUGGGGAUUUAACUUGCAACAGACUGUGGACCUGGUUGACGCGGGUGCGAAGACGGUGUUGACGGAUAUUGUGGCCUAUACGAGGAGAGAGCUUAGCAAGGAUAUGACGGGGUUGCUGCUAGAAUAUGGUUUCAGCUUCGAUGUUGCAUUACAGCAGGGUGGGAGCGUACAACUAGUGGAGAUCAACCCUUUUGGUGCGCUAUCAGGAUGUGGAGCUUGUCUCUUCAACUGGGUGUUGGAUGGAAAGGUGAUGUAUGGACUGGAACAGCCACAGUUCACUGUAACAGUAUAG